AAAUAAACAAGUGAGUCGCAGUCACGACUCACGUCGUAUAACUCAAGAAAAACAGUCAAUCACCCAAAUUUUAUCACAGUUGCAGUCAGUCACCAAACUUAUCGAAUCUAGAUUCAAGAACAUAAUCAGUCUCUCACCUCAAGAUCCGCAUUAUGGGCGGGAAACGGGGUUCGACUCCAAAUCGGUCUAAACCGAGCAUGUGGUUGGCUCAAAAUCCGAGCAAAAGAUGGGCGGAAAUGUUCUUCCUUCUCUACACUCCCUUUUGGCUUACUCUUUGCCUCGGGAUUGUUGUCCCCUUCAAAUUAUACGAGAAUUUUAAAGAGCUGGAGUACUUGCUUUUGGCUUUGAUUUCAGCUGUACCAUCAUUUGCCAUACCGAUGUUUUUUGUUGGAAAGGCUGAUGAAGGCACUCCCUUGAAGGAUCGUUAUUGGGUUAAGGCCAGUCUCUGGAUUGUAUGCUUCAGUUAUGUGGGUAAUUACUUUUGGACCCACUAUUUCUUCAGAGUGCUGGGAGCUUCAUAUACCUUUCCAUCAUGGAAGAUGAAUGAUGUACCACACACAACGUUCCUGCUGACUCAUGUUUGUUUUCUGUUCUACCACGUUGCUUCAAAUAUGACACUUCGAAGGUUACGCUAUGCUCUUGCUGAUUUUCCUGAGAAAAUCCGAUGGUUGUUUGAGGGUGCAUGGAUACUGGCACUCUCAUAUUUUAUUGCAUACUUGGAGACUAUAGCAAUUGCAAAUUUUCCAUAUUAUGAAUUCGUAGACCGAGAGGCCAUGUACAAAGUUGGAUGCUUGUUUUAUGCAAUUUACUUCAUUGUAAGCUUUCCGAUGUUUCUGAGAAUCGAUGAAAAACCAAGCGAUAAAUGGGACUUAGCAAGGGUUGCUGUUGAUGCACUGGGUGCUGCAAUGCUUGUAACGAUAAUACUAGAUUUGUGGCGCAUUUUCUUGGGACCAAUAGUUCCACUUCCUGAGGAAAAACAGUGUGCUCAACCUGGGUUGCCUUGGUUUGCAGAGCAUGUAAUCUCAGCUUGAGAUUAUUAUCAUGGACAACUCCUGGUGUCGAUCCAGCAGAAGAUAAGUUGUACAAGCAGGAUAGGUUUCAGAACUUCUGUACCAAAUUAGCCAUCUUGUAAAAACUAUUUCUUGUAGCAACCCUUUGUCACUUUUGUUUCCCUUACAAGCCAAUUGGAAGGAUGAUGUACUUUUUGGAAGCAUCAAGAAAAUAGGCGAAAGAUCCCUAUGGCAGAAACUAAGACUCUGUUCUUUAGAGCUGAAUUAACUGAACUAAACUGACCUGAAAUGCGAAUUUUUUUCCUCCUUAUAGCUC